AUGAAAGUGUUCAUAGGUUGUUUUAUGCUUAUUCUACUGUGUGUUCAUAAUGUCUCAAUGACAUUUGUAAAUGCUGAAAAUUGGAGACAUAAUAAAGGUACAGAUGGUGGAUGUGAAGGAUGUGAUUCUUUAUUGAAUGAAUCUUCUUCUGAUAAUUCUUCGGUUAGGAGUGAAGAGGUGGAUCAAAUGGGUGGUUUGCAAAGUGCGAGUAGUAGGGGACGACUGGGAGAAUUGGAUACACAUAAAAGGUCAGUAAACACAUCUUUUUUAAGCGGACGAAUUGAAGCUAUUAAUGAUGAUGAUGAUACUGAAGAUAAUAACGAUGACAAUGGGGAAGACGGGUCAGAUGAUGAUGAUGGUGAUAACGAUUUGGAAGAAGAAGAAGAAGAAGGGACACGUAGGGAUGAUAACGGAAUUGUUAAAUUAAAUGUAGGUAACAAAAACGAAACGUUAGUAAACCAACUCACCAUAUUGAAAGAUAUAACUGAUAAAGUUAAAAAGGAAAAAAAUACAAUAGACUUUGAAAAAGUUUAUGAAGAAGAUAUUCCAAGUAUUGCCGAGGAGGAGAGAAAAAUAAAUGAAUUUUACGAGUAUGAAAAUAAGGUGUUAGAAGAUAUUAGAAAGAAAAAAAAAAAUAUUUAUGCAAUGAUUAACGAAGAUUUGGAUGAGCUUCUGAAGCCUGCCCAGAAGGAAUAUAUGAAAGUGGCACGUAGCAUAAAAAGUAAUUUAUUGCAUGAGUAUGAACAGAUCCUUAAGGAAGAGCUAUCCGAGGAGUGA